CCUGUGGUUCCAGUUGCAGUGAUAGGGUGGCCAGAGUCAAGUUUCUCUUCAGUAAAAAGUUGAUGGUGUAUGAGUUCCAGUUAGAGAACCCAGAUGGGUCUGCCGGUGUUUGUAAAGACAUGGUGGAGAUUUCUGUACCAUUCUGGAGCAUCAUUAGCUUGUGGUUGUAUGAAAGAGAUAUGAGAGUGGAAGUGAAGGAGGCCCCAAAGAUUUGUUUAGGAAAGAAAGGACCAGAGAAGAACAUGAAUCAAAAGUUUAACAAUGCCACGGUGUACAACAGGAAGCUAAAUAUGGAUAUUACGAAAGGAGAAUUAUUCAAUUCACCUUACCAUUAUGUGCAGUUUAAGAAUAAUUGUGCUGAUCGUCUGAAGGCAGAACUGAAGGAUUUUGACAACAGGUUUGAAAUAAUGUUCUGUUUACCAUUGAUUGAAGAUACUGGGAAAUCCUUGAAGUCGGGAACCAAUCAGAUUACCAGUCACUUGCUGGAUCCCAGCAUAUGUUUACCAACAGAGAAUAUAAAUAACAAUAAUACAGGUGCUGUUUAUCAACCAGAGAAGAAUGUGGAGGUAUCUGUGAUUGUCAGUUGUUCAUGUACAAAUGGUUGCUCUGCUGGUACAUGUCAAUGUUGUGUGAAGGGGACAACAUGUACAGAGGGGUUGUGUGAGUGUGUUAACUGUAGGAACCCACUCAACAUAUUACAUCAGUUGGGACUUACUGCCGACCGGGCGCGGACAGAUCCUUGUCUCAUGGAAAAUAUUUAUCAGAUAAAGAGAUUAGACUGUUAUGUGAAGACACAGCUGGUACUGGAGUGUUGUCAUAUACCUGUGUUGUUGUUCAGUUGUAUACCAGGCGAGAUCAAAUGUGCCAAUCAUAACUGUACUGCAAGAUACAAAUACUCAUGGUGUACAGCCCGUCUGCUGAAUGAAGACAUUACUCCAAGAAAUCAUUGUGUCAAGUGUGCAAAAUGUACAGACUCCCGCAACAAACACUGUCAGAGAUGUAAAAUAUGUUAUUUUGCUGGUGACAGUCUUACAUUAAAGUGCCCAGUUUGUCAGUCUAGACAAAACGAAACACAGGAAAUCGACUCAUCUACAGAAUCUGAUGAUUGAAAGAACUUGAUAUCAAUUCAACAAAGAAUUUACUGAAGAUAUUCAAUUUAAAUAGGAACUUUGUAGUACCUGAUGUAAGGACUUCCACUAUCAAUUCUCAGUUUAUGACAAAGUUAUAUGAGAUUUACAUGAAAUGCUCACAUUUACAUAAUCAUCGUAAAAGAUAUUUACAUGAAAUACUCAAUUUUAGGUAGAAGCUAUACAUUAAGAUUAUGUAAGAGAUAUCCACGGAAUAGUUAAUUUUAGGUAGAAUUUUGACCUCAACAUUGUAAGAUACUUGCAUGAAAUGCUUUUUAAAACUUUAAUUAUAAAAUUUACAUAGUCAUUAUAAAAAAAAUGAAUGAAAUACUUAAUUUUUGGUAGAAGAUAGACAUAGGGAUUAUGUAAGAGAUUUCCAUAAACUCGUAUAUUUUAGGUAGAAGUUUGACAUGCAGAUUUAAGAAGACUUUACAUGAAACGUUCUAUUUAGGUUGAAACAUGAUCUCAAUAUAAACAUUUACAUGAAAUGCUCUAUUCAGGUUGAAGCAUGAUCUCAAUAUCAGAAAGAUUUACAUGAAAAGUUCUAUUUAGGUUGAAACAUGAUCUCAAUAAAAACAUUUACAAUUUACAUGAAACGUUCUAUUCAGGUUGAAGCAUGAUCUCAAUAUCAUAAAGACUUACAUGAAAUGCUCAAUUUUGGUUGAAAUUUUUGUAAACACUUAAUAUGAUCUAUAAGUAGAAGGUUGGCAUCAUCAUCAUCAGUUCAGACCUUACAUUAAAUGUUGAUUUUAGAAAGAAGGGUGAUGUCAACUUCAGUAAAGGCUUUUCAAGAAAUACUUAAGAAUGUAGCUCUACAUAAAUUAAUCAAAUUUUGUACAUGCUAGCUUUUGUUGAAGUUUUUAUGUAGAAACUUGAAACAAAAAGCAGUAAUGUCCCUAUUAGUUAAAAAUAGUAAAAAAUGAAAUAAAAAUGAGAAGCAAAUCUUGAAAUUGUAUGAAACACUUCAAAAACUUAAAAUAAAAAGCAGUAAUUCCCUACAAAUAUUAAAUUUUGCACGCUUAAAAUAAAAAUGAAAAGAACUGAUUAAAAACUUGAUACCAAGUUCAUCAAACAUUUUAUGUAAACAGCAUGGUUUUAAUUUUAUAAAUGUAUGAUUUAAAAAAAUUAAAAUUUGUCUUGAACAAUUUUGAAAAUGAAUAAUAUAUUUGCACUACAAAUAAACAUGAUAUUCAAAUUUAAAAGAUUGUAAUCAUAGGUAUCAAAUUUACUCAUUAAAUAUGUGCUGUCGUUUAAAUCUAUAGUGCUGUUAAGGUAUAUGUUGUAAUAUAAUCUAUAUUUUAUGUGAUAUUUGUGUAGUAUCCGAAGAAUCUAUAUUAAGUGCUUAUGGAACAAACUUUAUAUCAGUUGUGGAAACUAUAAGAUUAAUCAUUUAAUAUGUUCACUUUAAUGUUGGUUUAUCUUAUUUUUGUAUUCAAUUAUUUAGAAAUUGAUAUAAAAUGUAAGUGUAAAACAUAUAUAUAUAUAAGAUGUAAUUUUCAGUGGAUAUAAUCAUGUCUAAAAAAACGUCUUAAUUGGCAAAAUACAUUUAUAUGUCUUAAUAACUGUAUCUUAGUUGUAAUACAUUUGCUAUAUGUACAGAAAAAAUAUGGUACAUAAUUUUUAAAACAGGUUAUUUAAGGGUUAGAUAUUUGGGAUAAAUAUGCUACAAAUAUACAAAAGGUUCAAAUUUACUGUCAAAUUUAAAUGUGGUGGUAGUUUGAAACAUUUUAUCAAGUUGUUAAUACUUGAUUUGAAUAGUUAAGCCAUAAUAAAAAUUGAUGGUGCAUUUUAUUAAAUUGCUCAAACUAGUUUUUCUAACUCUCGACAUUCAAUGCCAUUCCAUGGAUUUGUUGUUAC